AUGAGCGCAGCAGUUCCGACCACACGGGCGGGAACUCCCCCAACCCUACAGUGUGGAUGGCGGAGUGCAUGUGGAAAGCUGCUGGACAUCGCCAAUUAUGUCAUCUUCAGCCCGGAGGCGUCUGCCGUGGUCAUGCCGGUGCUCGUGGCGUGGGAAUGUGUGCUGUUGAAGCUGAUUGUGAAGCACGUGCCCUACACGGAGAUUGACUACUUGGCAUACAUGGAGCAGAUAUGGCAGAUCAACAAUGGUGAACGCGACUAUUCAAAGAUCGAGGGCGGCACGGGGCCGCUGGUGUACCCGGCGGGACAUGUACUGAUCCAUCGCCUGCUUGAGCGCGCCACAGAUGGCCUGCAGAAUGUCGCGCGCGGACAGGAUAUUUUCACGUGGCUCUACUUGCUGACACUCGUCCUGCAGUUCGGCGUCUACCGCAUGCUGCGACUGCCCCCGUGGUGCAUUGUGCUCGCGUGUCUGUCCAAGCGUCUGCACUCUGUCUACGUCCUGCGGCUGUUCAACGACGGCUGGACGACCCUCAUGAUGGUGGUCGCAGUCUUUCUGCUUCUGCUAGCCGCACGCCACCCCAGGCUCUGCCUGCCGGCCGCGCUCGUCUACAGCGCUGCUGUCAGCAUCAAAAUGAAUGCGCUGCUAUACCUGCCCGGCGUCCUGGUCGCACUCUUUCUACUCACACGCGGCCACCUGCUUGCGCUCGCGCUCUGUGGCGCCGUGGCCGUCGCAUGGCAGGUCCUGGUCGCCGCAGACUUCCUCUCCACUCACCCCGCCGAGUACUUUGCCACCGCCUUCGACUUCCGCCGGCAAUUCAUGUACCGCUGGAGCGUCAACUGGCAGCUCGUCGGCGAGCAAGUCUUCUCACACCCCACCUUCCACCGCUGCCUGCUGCUCUCCCACAUCGCCAUCCUGAUGCUCUUCUUCUUCACGCGCUAUGCCGCGCCGCGCCAGCCAAACUGGUUCCGCACUGCUGCAGCUGCCCUGCGUCACCCGGCCACCGCCGUCCUAGCCGCCAGCCCGCCCCGGGCCCACGUCGCCUACGUCCUCCUCGUCUCGAACUUCAUCGGCGUGCUCUUCGCUCGCUCCCUGCACUACCAGUUCCUGGCCUGGUACCAUUGGACCCUACCCGCCUUGCUUCACUGGGCUCGCAUGCCCUGCCUGCUCGCGCUGCUAUGGUACGUCCUGCACGAGCUCUGCUGGGAUACCUACCCGCCCUCCUCCGUUGCUAGUGCCACGCUGUACGCUCUCAACUCCGCCCUACUUCUCCUUCUGUACAUCAACGGCCCGCCUGCCUAG